AUGGAAAUAAUCAUUCAGCAAACCAUAAAAAAAUUCAAUAGAGGAGUAUUCAUUGCUUUGGAGGGUCUUGAUAAAUCAGGCAAAUCGACUUAAGCUAAAUUACUUUCAUAAAAAUUAAAUGCAAAAAAAGUGUCCUUUCCUGACAGAACUACUUAACUUGGACUUAUUAUUUCUGAUUAUCUAAGAGGAAAUAAAAAUAUGAGUGAUGAAGUGAUACAUUUAUUAUUUUCAGCUAAUAGAUGGGAGUAGCACACAUCUAUUUUGAAAUAACUUUAAGAUGGUACUAAUAUUGUAAGCGAUCGUUAUGCAUAUUCUGGUGUGGCAUUUUCUGCAGCUAAAGGUUUACCAAUUGAAUGGUGUAAAGCUCCAGAUGCAGGACUUAUUUAACCAGAUAUGACAUUCUAUUUAACUGCUCCCAUUGAGGAACUAAGCAAAAGAGGGGACUAUGGAAAGGAGAUAUACGAAAACUCUUCAUUUUAAUAAAAGGUAGGCAGCUUUUUUGAUCAAUUAGCAUUGGAAGAAAAUUUUUAUAAAAUUGAUGCUCUUAAAAGUAUUGACGAAAUUUAAGCUGAAAUAUUGAAUCGUAUCUCUGAGAAACUUAAUAAUACUAGUUCAUUAUAAUAAAAAAAAUUGUGGAAGUAAGUUUUGUGA